UUAAAUCCAAUGCUGUUUUGCUUUUGUUUCUAAGGUAACGGAAAAAGAGUGAAGAGAGUUAGGUUUGUUUACACGAAUGUACGAAAUGAUGAAUUUAAAUGUUUCUAGCUGUGAGAGCUUUUUAAAGCUUGAAGAAUUUUCAUCUUUUUCUUCUUGUAUCAGAAGUUUUGGAAAGCCAAUUCUUCCUCCUCUUGUUACUCCCACUCAAAGAUUUGAAAUUUCUCGUCUCCGUAUAGCUGCUGUUAAUAAAGAAGUGGAUAUAAUGAAGAGAAGAAAAGAGCAACUUAAUCUGUCAGAAAAAGAACAACUUUCAUUUCCCCAUAAACAGCAAGAGCUACAGUCCUGUUAUGACAUUGAUGUGCAUCAGCCUGGUGUCUUAUAUUCCUCGUCUUCCAGAGUGUCAUGCGGGAGUGGAAUGUUUGUAGUCAUGAGUAAUGUCAUGCCUAAUGAUAUUUGUAGUACAGUUCAUAAGGAUGUCAUAGUGUGCCCUGAUGUAAUGCCUAGCAACAGAUGCUCUAGCAAAACAGCUUAUGGUGUUUCAAAUGCUUUAACAAGAAACAGAUUUUUGUGUGGAAAUGGCUUUCAGCACAGUUCCAGUUUAGAAUGCCAUUUAUGUCAAGCAGAAUAUUGUCCAGUUUUUGAUGAUAGUCAUAUUUCUGAAAAUAAUUCAGAAGUGCCUUAUGGGAAUUUUUUCUCAGAACAAAAGUCCGGUUUAUCAGAUGAUGAACAGCAAUCUGUUACAGAGACUGAAUGCUGUUCGUUGCCCACUGUUAUUUGUAACAAAACAUGUGCUGCUAAUGAUACUGAUUGUGAAAGCAAUAACACAUAUAUAACUCAGAGCACUGAUCUAGAUAAAUAUAUGGACGCUUCUGUUGAUCUUUCAAGCUCUGAUUGCUCAAGUGCUGUGUGGGAAUCCAAAGCAUCUAGUUACCAUAAUGUAGCCUCAAAAUCCGAUGAUGCUAGUUCAGAAACAAUGGUAAAUACCGAAAGUGAGCUUACACCAUGUGCAUCAGCAAUGACUGAUCUCAGCUACUAUGUAGAUAAUCCAUUAAACAGUCCUGCUGAGGUUAAAACAAGUAUUUUUGAUGAAUUGAGUUGUUCAAAUGUUCGUCAACGAGCACAUUCCGUUGACAGUUUUAUGAAACUUUUACCAUCAGUUGGAGAAAAUUGUAAUGUUAGAAAAUCUCAUAGUGAGCCAUCACACUCUGCUAUUACAUCUGCUAACAAAGUCAGUGAUGAAACCAGUGCUUUGCAAAUCCAGCCCACAGACCCCAACAUUCUUCAAGGAGUUUCAAAUGCUGAAGAAGGGGCCAUUGCAAAAUCAGAGAACACUAACCCUGACAUAUCAAAUUCAAUAUUGUUAAAUAAUGAAGAUCCAAAUAAGCAUAUAAGAAGAAAUUCCUAUACUUUAGAAUAUCCAUCUACUGCUUUAAUUAUAGCCCAUGCUGGUUGUGAGUGUAAUCUUGAUUCCAAUAAAUGUGAAUAUCCUCAUAGUGCUUCUGUGAAUCAAAAAGAACUUGAGCCAAAUACUGCUUUUAAAAAAGAGAAAGUUACCAAAUCUCUUUCUUUGCCAGCAAACAGUAAAGUCUUCCCUAUUCCGAGCACUGAAACUAUCUCUGCAGGAAAUAAUGUUGUUGAGACUACAGUUUCAUGCUCUAAUGUGGUAUUUUCAAAUUUAGAAGAAAGUGCUAAGAUAUUUCUCAGUCCAGUUGAUGAAUCCAGCCCAUUCUUAGAUAAUGAAGAAGACUUUCAAGGUGAUACUUUUACAUUUCAAGAUAGUCAACCAGAAAAAGUUUGUGAAAUGACAAAUGUGAACAUAGAAAAUAAUCAUGAUUCACAGCCAGUCGAUGCAGAAAAUGAUUUACAGGCAGUUGAUUUGCAAAAAGUUGAAAAGCAACCUCCUAAUUCACCUGAUUUAAAAAGUAAUGCAAGCAAAGAAAUUUUAGUAAAAAUAUAUCAGGAACUGCAAGAAAGCCACAAAAUGAGGGUAAAGGAGUUACUAGAAGAGCAAAAGAGACAAUGGCUAAAGCUCCAAGAAGAAUUUAAACUGCAAGAAAAGAUGCUGACUGAAAAACUUAAUAAUCUCGAAAUUUCAGAUACUGUUGCUGAAGGUUUUAGUGCAUUAUCUGAUAUUGGUUCUUUUGAUGAUGGUAAUAACAUAUGCGAAGAACUAGUUGCACAAGAUGUUUCCUCUAGUCAGAAUUCAGGUGUCCUCUCACCUGGCAGUUAUCUUGAACAUAACAGGGACUUUGGUGAGCACAGUAAAAGCUCUUUUGAACAUUUGGAACAUGUACCUGAUGCAUUUUUAGAUACGAGAAACAAAAUUAGAGCCUUGCCUUCUGUGGUAAAUGGAGUAAAUUCUGAACACAAUUCAGAAUCUCUUAAUUGUGAUAAUGCAACUGAUAUAAAUGCUAUCAAAGAUCAUACUAGGUAUGAAAAUACAAUGAAUGGAGAUAUGCUAAGUGAAGGUAAUUAUAAUUUUUUGCCAAUUCAUGGAAAAGAGUUAAGAAAUGAUAGCAUGAUUUCAGUUUCACAUAUUCAGCCUGGAAAUACUUCUAGUCCGAAGAGUCCUAAUACAAGUGAGAAAAAUGUUGUAGAUGCAAUAGAUAUACACAUACGAUCACAAAUGCACAAUGAUCAUGUUAGAAAUAAUAUUUUUAAUGAUACUAACUCUAGAAUGUUCUAUGCAUCUUGUUCUAGUGAUCUAGAUACUACAUCAAAUAGCAAUAAAAGUCCUAAAAUUCUAGAUCAGAAUAUAUAUGCUUUCAGUAAAGUAAGCCCUUACUCUAGACCUCCUGAACUUUUAUAUGGUGAGAAAUUUUCUCAUAAUGUUCAUAAUUUUUGUACAUCUGAAAAUUUGAAUCACAAGCCUGUGAAAGAUCAAAGUUUAUAUUUUAAUAGUUUUGAGAGUUCAGAUGACAUGAAAGAAGUACAGCAUUUAUCUAAUGGAAUUACAGAACCAUGUAAAGAAUCCAAAAGUCCAAAUAAAACUUAUGUGUUAUCUCGAGAGCAUACCAGUUUAUGCUGUCAAGCAAGAUUUGAAAGUCAUGCCCCUUUGUGCAAUAAAAUAAAGAAAAAGGAAAAAAUUAAUCUGGUUAAUGAACCUGCCAUUUUGAAGAAAUUCGAGAAGCUUCCAGCAUUUGUUAAAGGUUACUUAACCAGACGUUUGUUGAAGACUGAACGUGUUCAACAGUUAACAAAUACACUUCAGGAUACUCUUUUGCUGUUAGGAAAACUAAGAAAAGAGCAGGCCUUGAAAGGAGGUCAAAUUUCUGAAGCUGAUCUAAAACUUCAAAAACAAUUGCUUGUACAGCUGUUUAACACUCUUGACAGUGUUCACGAUAUUUUUUAUAAAAUAAGCACAAAAGAAAGGAUGGAAAUCAUUGCAGAAUCUCGCCAUCUUCGCCUUAAACAAAAGAAGGAGAAGAAUUUGAAAGAAAGCCCUGCAUCUUCUGAAGUUGCCGCUAAACCUCCAACUCCUCAGCUCCCUAAAAAACCUAAACUGUCAGCUGUCACUCUUAAACGUUUAGAAAGAAAAAAGAGGUCUGACGUAGACAAUAGAACAUAUACAAUAGAAGAUUUUGAAAUCCGUAGAUCAAGAUCACAAUCAAGUCCUUAUUCUAAGUGUCAUUCUACUUCACCUCAUCAUCCGUAUAAAGCUUCUGUUGGAAGGUCACCAAAAAGGAAGACCUCAAGCUUACAAAAGUCUGGAGUGUCUCGCCGCUGCAAAUCUCAAAUGCAGUUUUGAUGUGAUUGAUGUUUCGGUGCCUUGAAAAUGGAAAAUGUUCAAUAAAUUAGUUCAUCUCAGUGAACAAAUAUUUUGUUAGUACUAUUGAAUGAAUCAAUGGUUGAAUUCCAAAUUUUGUUUUGUAUUUUUAUUGUAUUUUAUAAAAUUAAUCUGAUAAAUAAAAGAUUGUAUUUUUAGAUGCUUA